CCAUAUAUGAACCAUCAAAUAAUUAAAUGAUUAAAUUCCCUUCAUUUCUCCCCAAAACAAAAAACAGUACAAUACCAUAAAAAAUCUCAAACAAUAGUCAAUUAUGGCACUUAAUAUUUUGCUCUACAUUUUCAUUUUUUGGCUUUCUUCUUCCUUCUUGAUUUCGUGUGCUUGCUCCAAUGGUGAUUGUAAGGUGGUUGAUGGAUAUGGUAAGUGUGAAGAAGGAUUCAACUGUUUCAUUUGUAUUGCAGGAUUUGAAGGACCAAGAUGUGUUAGAACUACUGCUACUGAUCAAUUUAAACUCCUGAACAAUUCUCUACCGUUCAACAAGUAUGCAUUCCUUACAACACAUAACGCUUUUGCUAUCGAAGGAGAGUCAUCACGUACCAAAUCACCUCGAAUCACCUUUUCUAAUCAAGAAGACACUAUCACUCAACAACUACAAAAUGGAGUUCGAGCUUUGAUGCUUGAUACAUAUGAUUUCAACGGAGACGUAUGGUUGUGCCAUUCCUUUGGAGGAAAAUGCUUUGAUUAUACCGCAUUUGAGCCAGCAAUAGAUACAUUGAGGGAGAUUGAAGCUUUCUUGGGGUCAAAUCCAACAGAAAUUGUGACCUUAAUAUUGGAGGACUAUGUGGAUGCACCAAAAGGGUUAACCAAUGUGUUCACUAAGGCAGGGCUAAUGAAGUAUUGGUUUCCAAUUUCAAGGAUGCCAAAACAAGGCCAAGAUUGGCCUUUAGUUAGUGAUAUGGUUGCCAAAAACCAAAGGCUUAUUGUGUUUACUUCUAAGAGAUCUAAGCAAAUAAGUGAAGGCAUUGCUUACCAAUGGGAUUAUAUGGUGGAAAAUCAAUAUGGAGAUAGUGGAAUGAAAGAAGGAAGUUGCACAAACAGAGGAGAAUCAUCAUUUCUAAAUGUUACAACAAAGUCCCUUGUUUUGGUUAACUAUUUUAGGUCUGUUCCUUUAAAGGAACUUUCAUGUGUAGAUAAUUCUGAUGAUUUGAUCAAAAUGCUUGGUACAUGUCAUGCUGCUGCUGGUAAUAGAUGGCCUAAUUUCGUUGCUGUUGAUUAUUACAAGAGAAGCAAGGGGGGAGGAGCAUUUCAAGCAUUAGACAUACUAAAUGGAGAGCUACUUUGUGGGAGAGAUGAUGUACAUGCAUGUAAGGCAUUGAUAUAAAAAACAUCAUGAAUAUUGUAGAAGUUAGAGAGACACAAGUAAAACGAGCAGCUUUGAGCAUUGACUGUAUAAAUGUUUGAUAUAUUUUUAUGAUAAUAUUAAUGGUAUUCUUGUUAAAAAAA